CGUACGAGUUCACACCUCCAGGGGGUUUCGUUGCAGCCAGCCACUUGGGCGGAGGGCCUGCCUCUCAUCGACUCCGAGUUACUCGGGGGAACUGCUUGAGGAGCUGAAGUACUUGGGCAAUGGUUGUCCACAGUGUAGUAGCGCAAGGGGAACUGCUCGACCGCCAUGUGGACAGCCUUUUUCGGCAGGGAGUGUACUUUGAGGUUGGGCUUUUGAUCGGACGGUCAGCAGAAGGGAAUCGCAGCCAUUUAUAUGUCCUUGUCCCUACCCCCUCUAAUGAGGAUGGGGGUGGCAAAGAAGGGGGAGAGGGCAAUGGGGGGAGUUCUGGGCCUGGGGUUGGGGUGGCGGGCGGAGGCAAGGGACGACACGAUGGAAAGCAGGCGGCUGCUUCCCUCCCAAUCCUUGAUUCAGACUGGAUUGGUGAGCAUGCAAGACAGGUGUGUCGAUUGCUGCCAGGUGGCAUUCAGGUGCUUGGUGUAUAUGUAUUUGGAACAGAGCCAGUUUUUAAAUCGUUAGCGGCGGCACUCAACUCGACGCUGUAUGCAGUAUGUCAAGCCAUUUUGUCCGAAUGCAAUGAUUCAUUCAGCAACACGAAAGUGCCAGAUGAUAUGUUGCUGCUCCAUGUUUGCUCGAGUCCAAAAAAGUAUUCAUGCAAGAGCUGUCCAUCUGGCAGUGGGACAACCCCACUAGUGGGAAUGAAACCAUGUGAAAUGAAGUUUGGGAACGUGUUGGGAUCGCUGAGGUGCUGCUCCAAUAGAUACAAGGUCGACAUCAGGAUGCCCUUGAUCUCCGAAAAGUUGGGAAGAAGGUACUCGUUGCGCUCAGCCAUUGAUGCAGCAAUCAGCAAGGAGAGUGUGCGAUUACAUUAUGCUAUCUCAGCCGUUGAUGAUGGCUUGCUGGUGGACGAUGCUCUUGUCGGGACACUGUUCGACACUAAAGCAGAUGGAGGAGCACCUUAUGGGAGAGUGGAGGUGCUAUUUCUCUUGCCGCCAAUUGGAUCUGUCCAUACUGAGACUUCAGAUUCAUGUGAAAGUACCGACUCCACUCUUGGACCAGAAAACAGCGUCAAGGAGGAUGAGGUCAUCGGCAUGAUUGCAAUCCGAGGGACGGUGCAGGGGGUUGCAUAUGCACAUGUGCGCGAGCCAGUUCGUCGAUUGAUAGCGGACCUCAAGGGAGAUGUGAUAAGGAGCUUGAGGACGCGACUAGAUGUUCUAUAUGACGAAAUAGAAAGAGAACAGACUGAGGAGAACGAAGUUUCUGGCCCUGUAGAGACUAGCACAUCGGGCGAGAAUCCAGAAGCUAGAAAGCCACGACAUGCAUUGCUGCUGUCUGCAGACGAAAAUGGGUGAGUUCAGUGACCCGGUUGACAUCAACAUCAACUUCCACGUGUAGUUUUUUCAAAACAGUAUUAUCACCUUGUUUUCUGUCUGUGCUCUGUGCAUAUUAACCUUUUCUCUUUCUAUUCCCCCUUCCCCCCUCCUCCCCGUCCCUCUCCCCAUGAUGCUCAGGCAGGAAUGCCCUGGCCGGAAGCCUUUGGCACUAUGUGCUUUCAACGUAUCAAUGGCUCACGGAUUUCUGCUAUUCACAUUAAGUGUCGCAUUUCGGUGCGCUGUUCAUCGUUGCGAGGGCUAAGAUUUUUGUUUGAAAAUUUUGGACUAUUUCUCAAUUUAGUUGAAUUUACUAAUUUAGGAGUGUCAUCAUCACUUAAAGCGCAGGGGCCACUUUGGCUAAUCAAGCUUCUUUUGUAUC